CGCGAGAGCAGGUCGCAGGCGUUCGCCGCCGCUCCGGUUGCAUACCCAGACGUGCCUCCCUCACAAAGUAGUUGCAAAAGGACCAUUCCGAUCAUGUGAACGUGGCCGCUUGCCGAGGCUUUGCUGUGACUUUUAAACCGAUUGUCCCGCCAUGACCGAGGAAGCCGAAGCCAAGUUCGACAAAUGCAGAAACGGCGGCACGAGUGCCGUAGACAACCCUUCGCCGCGGUCUCUGCCGCCCAGCGGGGACAGAGGCAGCCCAACCGCGUGUCCCCAGCUGCGGAGGGCCAGCACCCCAGCAGCCCUGCCCUCCACCCACGACAAUAUCAGCUCACAAAGGGUAUUCAAGAAGUGCGCACCCAAUAACAAAAUCACGCUCUACCUCAGCAGCAGGGACCUGGUCAUUUCAGAAUCGCGGGUCGAUAAACUGUAUGGCGUCCUGCUGGUCGAUCCCACUUACGUUCAAGAUAGAAAGGUUUAUGGCCAGGUGACCCUAACCUUCAGGUACGGCCGCGAAGACGAGGAGGUGAUGGGAUUGCGUUUCUGCAACGAAGCCGUCAUGUCUCUGAGCAGGCUGUAUCCUGGGCCCACAUCGCCCGACAAACUCGCUCAAGAAAUUACUCCGCUGCAGGAGGCGUUAGUGAAAAGACUGGGUCCCAAUGCAUAUCCGUUUUGCCUCGAAGUGACGCCGAUCGCACCACCCAGUGUUCAACUAGUGCCCGCCAAGGAAUACAACGGGGCCCCCAUCGGCACCAGCUAUGACGUUAGAGCCUUUGUCGCGGACCGGCCGGAGGAGAAGCCGCACCGGCGGUGCACGGUGCGCAUGGGGAUCCGGGUGCUGCAGCGGUGUCCGGUGGGGGUGGGUCACCGGGGCUCGGGGUCGCCGCCGAGGGCCGCAAUCGAGAAGCCGUUCAUGCUGAGCGACGGCCGCGUGCGCCUCGAGGCCGUGCUGGACCGGGCCCACUACCGCCAGGGGGAGCCGGUGCACGUCAAACUGUCCAUCUUCAACCAGAGCAGGAAGACGGUGCGACGAAUCAAGAUUUUCAUCGUUCAACACGUGGACGUGUGCAUGUUCUCGAACGGCAAGUUCAAAAACGUGGUGGCCGCCGUGAACAGCCGGCAGGACUGUCCGCUGAACCCUGGGUCGAGCGUGCGCCACUCGUACACCCUGUUUCCGACCAAGGGCUCGACCAAGAACUGGAUCGCCCUCGAGGACUCGUACACCAAGUCGGGCGCGAGUUUGGCGUCGACGGUGACGCGGUGCCAGGCGGCGGGCGGCGCCGCCGCCAACGCGCCCACCAACGACUCGGAGCGAAACGUGUUCGCCAUUUUCGUGACCUACUAUUGCAAGGUCAAGCUGAUCGUCGGCGCCAUGAACUCCGAGGUCAGCGUCAAGCUGCCCUUCACCCUGCUGCCCACCGAGGAGAAGGACAUGGGCGAGGUCAUGCCCCCCGAACCACCUCCGCUCCCGCCCCCCACCAUCGAGGCGCCGUCCAGCGACGAGGCGCCGCGACGGGCGCCGCCAGAACGCCCCGCCAAAAUCGGCGCCACCGCCGUUGGCGUCGACACCAUCGAGCCCGGCGGCGAGACCAACUGCUGAGGUCACCCCCUCCCCUUUGUUAUGACCAAAAAUUAAAUCUGAAAUCCGAUUUUCAUUUUGUUGAAAAUUAAGUUGGUAUAUCAUUUUUUUUAAUGAAACAAAAAUUUUGUUUUAGAAAAGUUAAGUUCCCAAACACUUUGACACUGAAAAUACUUCCAAAUCACAAGAUUUUUGAUAAUUUUAAUUCAUGUUCUCCACAAAAAUGGAUCUAAUCAUCACAUUUUCUUUGGCAUAAAAUAAUUGAUUGGAAUUUUCAUUAUCUAUUAUAAAUGACACUUAUAUUUUAAAGGAACUUUGACAUUUUCUAAUAAGGAAAAAAAAUUAUACUAAUUCAUUUAAUAUUUCCAGAUAUUUUGAUUCAAGUGAUGCCCAAAGAAAGAAAAUAAAAAUUGAAGAAAACAAAUUCCAAAACUUAACAAACACAUGCCUAGUGGUGCAAAAGUCACUGGAAAUGAGACUUUCUUAUCCUCACCUUCAGUAAUUAUCAUGUUUGAAUUUUAAAUUUUAUCUAUUUGUUGACUUACACGGCAAAAUGAAAAUUAUUUAAGAUUGAAUUUUGGUCACAAGUGAACACUAAAAUUUGAAAUUUGGGAUUCGAAAAAGCACUCACACGCUUAUUUAUAUUUACACGUCCUGUACUGACCGCCGGGGUGUUGUUGGUCUCGAGGAGUAACUAUGGUGAAUGUUUGCGGUUACCGUGCUAAAUAAUGAGACAGUUUGUAUUGUUGCUCUCUAUGACAAAGAAUUUGUGGCAGCUUUGUGUGAAGAAUAUUGUUCUUCGUUUCCGUCUAGUAUGUCUCUAGUCUUUUUAUAUUUUGCCCAUUUCUAAACUUGGAUCAGAUAUUUUAGCUUCUUAUUAAAUGCCGCUUGAGGUUCAUAUUUCAUAUUAAUUUUUAAGUUAAAUUCAAUUAUCUAUUUGUAAUAAAUCUAAAUUAAUAAAUUAUUAAAGUUUCUGGUAAUUUUUAUUUAUUCCAAAAUAAUUAAGCAAAAUUGAACAUCUAUAAUGACUUUAAUUCUAAUUAAUUAAUAUUUUACAAGACACUCACCAUGGAAAUUGUUUUUUACUAUUGUGAAGGCAAAAAUUUUAAGAUAGCGCAUACAUAAUUUUUUUUUCUUUUCUCUUUUACUGUCCAUUUAUUUAUAUUAAAUAAAUAAUGCUAAAUUAAUAUAUUUGAUAAUUAAUACCUACAGACACCUAAAAAUAUUUUCAAUUAAAUAGAAAACUGUUUAAAACGUCGUUUAUAUUGUAUUUUGUUUUUAAAUUCACUUCAGUUUUCUAAUUUUUCAGAUAAAUAAAAAAAAAACUAUCUUGUAUUUGUAGUACUUUGAAAUUUCAACUAAUUCAAUGUCUAUAAAUUUGCCAAAUGAGAACGAUAAGACAAAAGGGGUUUUUGGAGCAAGUACUAAAGAUCGGGCAGAUAAAAGAAAUGGUUUGUACGAAACGUUGUUGCGCGCGUGGAAUUGAAAUCGAUGGCUUAAAAAUUUUAGUGUGUCAUAAAAUGUACAUGUCUCCUCACGAAAAUACGCUUGUUUCAGUGUCGGUAAAUACAUCAUAAAAGUGAAACUAUGUAAAUGUAAAACAGUAUGUAGACUAAAAUCGAUUUUCCAGCCUUUUGUACUGCAUACAAAUCUAUAGAAUUCGGGAAAAGCGUCGCUGCUGCUGGAUUGUUGAUAAAAUUGUUGUAAUUCGUAUGUCAGUGUAAAAAAAUGAAAUUUUCAGAAACUAUUGAAAAUUAAAUCACGUCAAUUAAUUACCGGAGAAUGCAGGAAACUGGAUGAGCCCAGAGCAAAAGAUAAUCCGAUGGAAUAUUUUUUACAUCACAUAAAAUUCAAACAGCUUGUUUUCAGUGUUUGGUGAAAAUUCGCUUUAGCCUCCUCAGAUUGCUUGCGAACUUAUAAAAACUAUUCUUCGCAAAAAUCACCAGAAGACAGUUAUUUGGAACAAAAAGUGCGGUGAUCUCAACUUUUGAACUCUAAUCGUUUUUUUUUUUUUAAGAAUUGUAAAUUAAGUGUCUUUAUUAGUGGAUCAUCUGAUUUUCUCCUCUUAUAAUGUGUCCCGUAAUUGUAAUAGCGACGAAUCAAAAAUACAUAACUCAAAUUUUGAUUUCUCGUGUGGUGCAAAAUGACUGUCCUGAGAGUAAAAGUGGUGUGUCUAUUUGUCAAAACCUUGUCAACCGUGAAUGUAUGACAUAAAAAGAAGAAGGCGAGUGCACCCCUCAUAAAAGUAUAAUAAUGUAAACCCUGAGCUGCGUGUAUUUUGUUACUCGAUUGUGAUCAAGUCGUUUCUGAUAUAAAUAAAAGUAUUUAUGAAAUU